AAGUCGGCCCUCUUUCUGGGGCGGAGUUCAGAGCGCACGCGGAGGGGUGCGGCUCCCGUCCCUCCCCCACGUGGCGGAGAGUGGUGUGGAGGGUCCCGCUGGUGAUCCCCACGGGGUGCCGUGACCCGGUAGCCGGCUUUGGUCCUCGCUGACGUCGUGGGCCUGUGGGCCCGUGGGCCCGCCGCCUGCAGAGAUGCCGAAGAUCAAGUCGGGGGCGAGCGGCCGUCGCCGCGAGCGGCUAGAACAGCGCCAGGAGCUGAAGAGCGCCGGAGGACUCAUGUUCAACACGGGGAUUGGACAGCACAUUUUGAAAAAUCCUCUCAUUGUUAACAGCAUUAUCGAUAAGGCUGCCUUAAGACCAACUGAUGUGGUGCUGGAAGUUGGACCUGGAACUGGCAAUAUGACUGUUAAGUUGCUAGAAAAGGCAAAAAAGGUAAUUGCCUGUGAACUUGACCCAAGGCUAGUAGCUGAACUUCACAAAAGAGUUCAGGGCACGCCUCUGGCCAGCAAACUUCAAGUAAUGGUGGGUGAUGUGUUGAAAACAGAUUUGCCAUUCUUUGAUGCUUGUGUAGCAAAUUUGCCUUAUCAGAUCUCUUCUCCUUUUGUCUUCAAGCUGUUGCUGCACCGACCUUUUUUCAGAUGUGCUAUACUUAUGUUUCAAAGGGAAUUUGCUCUUCGACUGGUUGCAAAACCGGGAGAUAAGUUAUACUGCAGACUCUCGAUUAACACACAGCUGUUAGCACGUGUGGACCAUCUAAUGAAAGUUGGAAAGAAUAACUUCAGACCACCACCCAAGGUGGAAUCCAGUGUUGUAAGAAUAGAACCUAAGAAUCCACCACCACCCAUUAAUUUUCAGGAAUGGGAUGGCCUAGUAAGGAUCACCUUUGUUAGGAAAAACAAGACACUGGCUGCUGCAUUUAAGUCAAAUGCAGUACAACAGCUUUUGGAAAAAAACUACAGAAUUCACUGUUCCGUCCAUAAUACUAUAAUACCAGAAGAUUUCAGCAUAGCAGAUAAAAUACAGCAAAUCCUAACCAGCACAGGUUUUAGUGACAAGCGGGCCCGUUCCAUGGACAUAGAUGACUUCAUCAGAUUGCUACAUGGAUUCAAUGCAGAAGGUAUCCAUUUUUCUUAGGUAUCUGAAAAACAUUUUUCAAGCUCAAGAACAGAAACUGGAAUUAUUUAUUUUUAAUAACUUGAGAAGAUGAAGUAUGCUUUUCCUCCACUGGGGCACUGCUUGACUAUUUUUGAUUUACUACUACUGUUGUCGUCACUUAUUACUCUGAAUUUUUAAGGUAGUUUUACAAGGAAGUCAAUUUAAGUACCCAAGUAUUUUUGGUUUGGUUUGUUUAUACUAACCAACCUAGGGCAGGGUCCAAUCUAUACAUAAUCUUCAAGUUCAGGAGCCGCAGACACGCACAACUUUACACUUAAACUUAUCAUUUCUAACAGGUUAUUGUAUAAAGAUGUUACUCUUCUAUUUUCCAUGUUGUAUGUUACUGUAAGGACCUCUUUAGGCCUUUGUCCCUCAGGUGUAAAAAAGUUAAAAUACGCUUAACUUAGUCACAUGUUCCCAUACCAUUUCUUGUUACUGAUGUGUAUAGUAAAACAGUUGUUUAAAAUGUUUUCUCUUAUUCUGUUUAUCUUAUAUAACUUCUUCAUUGCCUACGUUAGCUAUCCUGUCGCAUCACAGGUUACGUCAGGGUUCUAGGUAAGCCUGAGUCUGCUACUGAGACCUUGUGGUGCCAGACAGACUACUUCCUUACCUUUGAAAUGAGGAUGCUCAACUAGAAUGUGAAAUUAAUUACAAGAAUGUAUGUUUCCUCUUGGGGAGAUAGUCAUAGGUUUAACAAUUUCAAAAGGUUUUAUAAAUAAAAACUGGCUUUAAAAUUAAAAUCUCUGUGACCUUCAACUUCAAAACAAAAAAAAAGUAAUAUUUUUUGUCUUUAAUACAGGCUCCCAGUAUUCAUCUGACUUCUGGAUAAUUAAAAUUUCCAGUACUUUUCAUCUACCUGAUGCUUAGUUUUAAGCUAUUUUUAAAACAUCAGGUUUAGAAUUUCAAUAGAUGUCAUAAUUGUCUUAAUCAGCAACUAUGUUUAAAUGAUUAUCAAUAUAAUACUCAGUGCUAAUGUCCUUUAAUAAAGAAUUAUAAUAGCUGAUUAUUUAUGUAAGGAAAUUAAUAAAAAUAUCUUCAUUGA